AUGGAGUUCCUGACAGCCACCGAGGUGCUGGACAAGGCUGCCGCUCUCGCCGCCGACGCCCUCGGCUUGGAUGGAGAAGCUCGCGGUGCUUGGGGGUACGAGGAGAAGGCGAGAGCGAUCGAACGCUGGUACAAGAUGUGUUCGGAGGCGGAGAAGGCCGCUGCCGGGGGGGGGAAAGCCCUCGUCGCUCCUGAGCUCGCUGGAUCGGUUCCUCGCGCAGAUGAGACCGCAUCAGACGUCAAUCACGUCGGCGGCAUGAAACGCGACGGCGGGGAUCCCUCCAUCUGCGCGGCCCUGCAAGCCAAGAUCUAG